CUGGGCGGAGAAAGAGGGAGAGAGGGUAGACCUAUCCACCACACUGCCUCUCUCUGUUCUCAGCCACAACUCCUCUGAGCAGACCGGCUAGACAGAUAUCCUGAAGAGAGGAGGGGAGGAUCUUUCAGAACAAAGCGGAAUAUUUUACAAUUUGUGAUAAACUGGAUUAGGCCUGAUAGGUUGCGUUUCUGUUGUUUUUGGACUUCGCUUCCUGCUUCUUCGCCUUGUUGCACUACAGGAGCUCUCAUUGUGGCUGGAGCGAGGAUCCCCUCCUUUUGUGUUGCUCUGCAGUUAUUUAUUCACACUCCAACUUCUGCCUCCUGUUUCCACAUAUAGGAGGUUUUAUUUCAGUUUUUAUUGUUUCGGCCUAAACGGAAUGAAUGACAAAAACAAAGGGGGUUGAUGUCCAUAACUCUCCGACUCACCUCGUCUUCGCCUCGCCCAAGGAACGGAGACCCCAUCUCCGGCAGAAGAUGGAAAGCGGAGGCGGGACAGAGGGCUCGGACAGUGGGCAGUUGCAGCACGCGGUGCCAGGGCAGCAGCAGCCAAACCCCCGGCCUGAAACUGCGGAGCUCUCUGCAAUGGUGUCCGCUCAGCCUCUGGGAGAGAAAAAAAAGAAGAUAAACCGGGCACCGUCCCCGGCCAGACCGAAGGAUGUACCCGGUUGGUCGCUUACCAAGAUCCGCGGAGGGAUCGGGACCCCAACCCUGAGCGUCAAGCCGGGAGCCAUCCACUUGGGUAGCCGCAUUUCCAGGCGCAGUCCCGUGGGAAGUCUUGCUGGAAAGGACGGUAAAGCGGAGAAGAGCGGUGGUGGCAAACCGGCGGGCAAAUCCUCCUCCUGCGCCGCGUUGUCGAAGACGGCCAAGGCGACCAAGAGCACCGGAGGACGGAGGAAGGUGUCGGACGCCAGCAUAGGAUCCGAUGAUUUAUCUAAGGACUCUGGCUGCGCCACCGGGAAGCUCUCCCCGACCGACAGUAGCUCCGAGCUAUCGGACUGCGCCUCUGAGGAAAACAAGCUCUCCGCGGACGCUGUGAGCAGCGACGCCGAAUCGAGGAGCAGCAGGGGCGGUGGGCCGGACGGAGACAGGCCACUCAGGGAUGGCGUGUUGGCGGAAAGAGCUAGCCAGCAAGCAGCCGCCAAGACCACCUGCUCCUCCGCGGAGAGGGACUACAAGGACCGGCUCUCCCUGGGCGUGGAGACUGGGGAAGGGAGCAUAUCCCCCGGCGAGGAGCGGUCGGUCACCUCUUUUGACAGCAGGGUACCUGCCAGCACGUCCCUGGCUUUCUCAGACCUUACAGAGGAGUUUAUGGACGGCAUGCAUGAGGAGUUUGUCCGGGAAAUAGAAGAGCUGAGAUCUGAGAAUGAUUACCUCAAAGAUGAGAUGGAGGAGUUGCGGUCUGAGAUGCUGGAGAUGAGGGACAUGUACAUGGAGGAUGACGUCUACCAGCUGCAGGACCUACGGCAACAGCUGGAGCAGGCUAAUAAGACCUGCCGCAUCCUGCAGUACCGGCUGAGGAAGGCAGAGCGACGCUCUCUCCGCGUGGCCCAAACAGGGCAAGUGGAUGGAGAACUGAUACGAACGCUGGAGCAAGACGUCAAAGUGGCGAAGGACGUGUCCAUCCGUCUCCACAGCCAGCUGGACAGCGUGGAGAAGAAGAGGAGUCGUCUGGAUCAGGAGAACGAGGAGCUGAGGGUCCGACUUCAGGACCUGGAGGUCGCCAAACAGGUCCUGCAGCAGGAAAUUGACAAGAACUCCCAGAAGAAAAGAGUAGCACGACCCAACAACAAACCUGACAAGAAGUUCUGCCCACAGGAGGACAGUUCAGACCUGAAGUGUCAGCUCCACUUUGCCAAAGAGGAGUCAGCCCUGAUGUGCAAGAAGCUGACCAAGCUGGUGAAGGACAGCGAUGCCAUGAAGGAGGAGCUGGCCAAGUAUAGGUCGCUGUACGGAGACGUCAACGUCUCGCUCACUGUGGAGGAGGUUGCUGACUCCCCCCACACCCGCGAGGCGGAGAUCCGAGUCCACCUGAAGCUGGUGGAGGAGGAGGCCAACCUGCUGAGUCGACGCAUCGUGGAGCUGGAGGUGGAGAACAGGGGGCUCCGAGCUGAGAUGGACGACAUGAAGGGACCACAAGAUGGUCCACAAGAGCUCACUGGUGUUGGCAGUCUGGGCCUCGGAGGAGGAGCCAUGGUACUCGGGGGAGGGGCCUCGUCUGAAAAUGUCAUGGAGCUCCAGAGACACCUCCAGUUUGUUGAGGAGGAGGCCGACCUGCUGAGGAGGUCUCUAAUCGAGAUGGAGGAACAGAACAAACUCCUGAUGAAUGAAAUUAACCGCUACAAAUCUGAUCUCCCGCCACCAACGUCCACGCUGUCGUCCAAUUCCUUGGCGUCGCUGACAGACGGGCUGCUCAGUGACAGCCCGGUGCACUCCAUACAGGAAGGGGCAGUGCUUAUCAGCACAGACGCCCCGGCCCAGGAGGAGGAGAUCAGACUGGCGAGGCUUCAGAUUGGAGAACUGAGUGGGAAGGUGAAGAAGCUGCAGUACGAGAACCGAGUGCUUCUGUCCAACCUACAGCGCUGUGAUCUGGCCUCCUACCAUGCUCCUUCCUCCUCCUCCUCUUCCUCAUCACUACGACUGGCUCUGGAGACUGACGCAGAGGCUGGAGACUCAGCCGAGUGCCUCCCAAGCCCGCCGCACCGCAAAGAGCCAGUAGGGGGCGAGACCGACACCCUGGAGAUCAAGGAACGGAAAAAGAACAUCGAGGACAAGGCUGACAUAACAACCUCACUCCCUGGGUACCCGGGGCAGAAGGACCAUGAUGCCUUGCUGGCCAUGAGGGACCAGGCUCGCUUGGUUUCCACGGCGAUACAGCUCCUGACCUCCCCCGAGUCUAACUGCCUUUCCUCCUCCCCAUCCAUCUAUCACAAGGUCUGCAGCAACGAGGCAGCAGAGCCGUGCGAGCAGGAGAAACCUCAGCCUCACAGCCAGAUUUCAGAGCUGUCUGACCUGGCGGACCGGCCCCUGGUUGGUGCUCUGACCAGCAGGCUCCAGGCCCUACACACCCAGCUACAGGCCUUUGUGGAGCGGGUAGACAGCCAGGGUAAACCCCCAGCAGGUGGGAGGGACCCUCAGGUGGAAGGAGCAUCUCCUCUGGCCUCACCCUGCGCCUCCCUUCCCUGCUCUGGAGACCAACAGGAUAGACUGAACACUGCCGUGAAGAAGCAGCCUGAUUAUAGGGACCAAUCAGAGCCGGAGGUAAAAGGACAAACUGAGGAGAACAGCCAAUCAGACAGCAAUGAGACACAAAAGCAGGAAGACAGCCAGCUGGAACAGGGAGAGAACGAGGCAGAUGAUGCACUGUCCGGUGACCUCCAGGCUUGUCUGUCCAAAGCAAAAGAGUCGGCUCUCAGAACUCAGGCGGAGCUGGAUAUUGGGAGGCAGGCUCAGAGAGAAACCAAUCUCAAACUCACACAGCUCCAGGAGGAGCAUCAGAAGGCUCUGCUCCGUCGGGACUUCCAGCUGCAGAGUUUGGGCCUCCAGGCCCGGCUUCAGCAGAAGUUAUGGAGCCAGGAGAGGACUCUGCUGGUCCAGGAGUCUCAGCACCUCAAACAGGCCCUGUUGCUACUCAGCCUCAAACUUCGCUGCUUCCUCAAACAGUGGAGGCUGGGCUGCAGGAAGGACACAGAGUGGAAAGACAUCUUGGAGAUGAACAGCCUGAAGGACCUCUACCUGCUGUUGGAGGAGGAAAACCUGACGAGCCCCGCUCACCAGUCUGACAAGAGGGCUGCUGCACAAGAACAACUACUCAGCCCAACUAUCAAAUCUAGUGCCGUGAGCAGCACCUUGGCAGACUUGAAGGUGGCGCUGCAGGAUCUGAGUGGAGAGUUGCGACAGGAGAGACAAGGCUCCCAAGAACUCACCCAGCAGUUCGCAAAGGCCAAAGCAUCAUGGGAGGUGGAGAGGACCGAACUAAAGAGCCUCAUCGUACAGUUUGAGACCAAAGCAGGCAAAGCAGCAGCAGUAGGUCUGUCUGCCACUGAUGCACUGGAUCCUCCAGACCUGAAGGCGGCGCAGAAGAGGGAGUGUGAAGAACACCAGCACCUCCUGGCCGACUCCUACGCAGCUGUGAUGGACCUUACUAAACAGCUUCAGAUCGGAGAGAGGAACUGGGGCAGGGAGAAGCUGGAGCUGCUGGAGAGGUUCAGCCAGGAGAGAGCUCAGUGGGAGCAGAGACUGGGAGAGGCCACUGCACAACAGGGGAAGUCAAAGUCAUUAGGCGGCGAGUCCUCUGCAGACUCAGUCAUCACUAAUGGAACAGGAUCACCAAGAAACAAAUCCACAUCAGAGCUGAAUGGCGCAGAAGUCAACGGGACAGCCAAUCAGGAGGCGAGGAUCCAGUUUGCAGUCGCAGAGCUGGGUGACCUCACCAGGAAGAAUUGGACCUACCUGACUAAUGAGACCCUGGAGGUUGGGGACACCUGUAAAACCUGGGAUGGCCCCAGUGGCUCCUGCAGCAGCUUAGUAGGAUCAGAGCUGGAUCUGGAGUCUGUCCAGAGAAGCUACACUGCUCCAGACCGCACCGGCAUCCGGAUCUACUACAGCCCUCCUGCUGUACGACGCAUGGAGCACAGAAGAAGGAGCCAGGAGGCCAACGAGCCACAGCAGGCCCACAACGGGCGCUCUUCCCCGGAACUGAGUGGCUCGGACGUGGAUGUGGCUGCGGUGGAAACCCUUGAGGUUCAGCAGCAGCAACCUCCAUCCUCCUUUUCGUCCUCAUAUGAGCAGUGGCUGAGCUCACUGUCCAAGCAGCACAGGGAGCUGCUGGAGAGCAGAAGUGGCUGUAUCGCCGGUUCGAUCCCCAGUGUCGCCAAAAACGGCGUUGGCGGAUCGGUUGAUGGGAUGACGUCCCCGUCAGCUUUCCGCGGCCUGGAGAUCGGAGAGAUUUCAGCCAACUUAAGUGAUGACAUGAAGGAGAUGACCAACUGUGUCCGCCAGGCCAUACGCUCUUCUUCUCUAGAGAGGAAAUCCACCAAGGAACCUGGGAGUCAGGCGAUGGGAAUGUCCACCAGGUCCACGCAGACUGUCGCGCAGUACGUCAGCAUCGGGCUUCAAACCGACAACCUUCAUAGCAGCAGGGGGACAGGGUUACACUCCAAAGCCUGGUCUUCUCGCCCCUCAACAACCACCUCCUCGCUAGCGUCAGCCCGAACCCGGCAGAUAUCAACAUCCCUGGAUAAAGUUCACAGCCGCAUCGAGAGGCCAUGCUGUUCACCCAAGUAUGGAUCACCGAAACUACAACGCAGAGUGUCUUCUGGCUCCACUUCAAGACUGGAUGGGAGUUCUUCCUCCAGGGACCGGAGCCUGUGGAGCCUCCAUCAAAGAUCCUUCAGUGGAGGCGGAGGCUCGGCCUGGGCUCGCUCCACCACCACCAGGGACAGCCCCGUGCUUAACGGCCUCACCGACGGCCUCUCCAGCCUCUUCAGCGUGGUGGAACACUCUGGAAGCACAGAGUUGCUCUGGAGGGCUGACGGAGGAGCCAGUCCAGCACCGCAGCCUCCUGCUGCAGGGAAACCCUCCAGUGUGGCAGCUUGUGGAUCUGAAUCCGGCUCUCAGCGGUACGGAGGCCUGGUCCAGGAGUUUUUUAGGAAUGACUGCAGCAGCCGUGGCCAAGGAGGAGUCACCCUGCCUGGGGAGAGAGUGCAAAGAGACUCCCAUGGCAGUCUGGGUGUCAUAGGGAGUUUUGUCAGCGUGGAUGAGCCCAAGCCAGAGUGUGUGUCAGCUGGAGUUGGAGGACUCGGAGUGCUGGCAGGAAGCAACGACAAUGUGACCAAGAUUGUCAAUAAGAGGUUUAUGAGACAAACAGCUGGGGAGGAGAUGGUCAAUAUCAUGGGAGGAGGGAAAGAAACGAUGAGCAACGCAGGGGCUGCAGGACCUGGGAUGGAGGAUGCUCCCUGUGACUGUGCUGCCCAGUCUUCCUGCCAACCCCGACCAUCAAGAGCAGCACCUCGCCAUUGCCAUCACCGCCAACAAGAGUCUCCGGCGGCAACUGAGGAGAAGGGCGACACCUGCAACGAGUGACAACACUUCUACUGCCACACUCAAAGACACACAACACACACAAGCAAUACUGAUUCUUCACUGUACACCACUGCCAUGAAAACACACUUUCUCACACCUCUCGCAUCAGCAAAUGUACAUACACACCUACAACCUGCCACACAGGUGCACUGCCAAACAUAACACACACCGCUAGCACACUGCACAGACUGCCCCACAAUCCCACUGCCACAUGCACACAUUCAUAAAAACAUGCACACCCACACAGAACCCUGGCAAUUUCACACUUGUCUUGGACUGUACCAUCCUGAUGCCAAGGAAAGGCAGGACUGAAACUUCAACCUAGCAAGAGAUCCAACCAUCCCAAAACUACCAGCAGGACAUAAAACACACACAUAAUCUGACACACUCAACUAAACAAGAACAACUCUACGAACUGAAGAGCGUCUAACAAGAAAAUGAUGUCAGGACUGGUUCUACUAAAUCCCCACAAUUUAAGGAAUAACAGGUACUACAAAUGGUCAGUUUUGGACGUUGAAAAUCCCCCUUGAUGACGUCGUCUUGCCACCAAGCUGCUGGACCAGCAGCCAUGUUGGAUUUACAGAUAAUCACGGUUAAGAAAAGAUUUUGUCUCAGUAUGAAUAUGUGUCGAAAGUGCAUGUGUACCUUUGGGAGCUACAGUAUAAAACUGGAGAGGAGACAUCCAUCACAGCUGGAAAGAUCUUCCACAUUGUGGUAGAAACUCUGAAACCAUCGAUCUCAGAAGAGUCAUUACACUGUCAUAUACACGUGCUGUGCUGGCAAAUGUAAUUAUGCCUUUUUGAUUGAUUAGCACAAUAACAUUCCAGCGAGUGUCUCCAACAUGGAUCUGAAAACGCCAUCUCUUGAUGAUACUUCUGCUUCAGCUGCAAAUGAGCAUUCAGUGUUUUUCCUAUCACAGUAGGAAAAAGAAAGAUCUCGAGGACUAUUGGACUACACACGCCAGCAUAACCAGACUAACUCCAUUGAUGGAUGUUUGGACUUGGACACCUCUAUAAAUGAGACCAGAGAACUGAUUUGAGUGAACCUCCUACCAUUGUUGUUUAGUUGCGAACCUUAACAACAAGAAAGCUCCCCAGGCUUGUUUAGAUGGAACUGUCCACUGUGUUCCCAAAAUGACUUUGGCAACACGUUUUGUGGCAUUCUUGCCAUGACCUUGUAGAUGUAAAAAAAAAAAAAUUAAAUACUUCAAACGUGUUGCCCCUCCAGAGUCGGAUUGGAAAAAUUAUAGUUUUGGUUUCAACCUGUUACAGCAGGCAGAAAGUGCCUGUUUGUUUCAUAUUUUUGAGAUAUUCACCGAAGAGGAUUCAUCGUUAACCCUUGAUGAUUGUUAAUGAUCUUAUAAAGACAUGUGGUGCACAGUCCUAAAGCACACUGUCCUAAAAAAUGUCAGUUGGUCACACUUUCUGAUUGACUGCAAGGUUAACCUAAAAGCCCAUCUGCAGAUUCCACUUGGCAUUGUUUAGCGAUGCACUGAUAUAUCACUAUUUUAACUUAUUUGACCAGUUCUUCAGAGUGCCACAACAACUAAUAUGGGGUCAUGCUACAGAAGCCCAAACCAAAACGUAAAAUCUUGUUCCAUUCUUUAGAAAAAGUACAGAAAAUAAAGAUGGUUUACACUGAAUUUUCCUGUCACACAUGACUUCACACACGUGCUUUAUGGGAUCAGAAAUUAUGUGUCCAAACUCAAAGUGCUCAUCCAACAUCGUCAAGAAACGCUCAUUAACUCUAACCAGUGUCCAAGGAGUAUUCAGUCAAUGCAUUCCUUUUAUUAGAGAGUCUUUCCCAGAUGUAUAUGUGUUUGUAUGUGCGUUUAAUCAUUCAAUUCUCAGCGUUCUGGUGUACCAGUGCAUCAUUCCAAGGUCUAGUGAAGGAGAUUGUUUUAAAAUACUCCUCUCUCUGCUCUUCUCUCACGCACAACUGUCCUCAUGUUGUAGUACUACACCAACGGCGUAGCUACUGUACGAAAUCUGUACGCAUUAUGAAAAUGUAGCAUUACAAAUUAAUCUUGGUAAACGACAAAGCUAAGAGCUGUGACUGUCCAUCUGCAGCCAGAGUAGUUAAAGCACUGACAGUUUUUACUUUUUAAGAAAUACAUUCAUACAAUGUUUUAUUUAAUUUGAUCAUUUUAAAUGUAUGUCCUUUCCUACCUACAGUCAGAUCCAACGAUAUAAAAUGUCUAGUAGGAUGUCUGCACACUUAGGGGAAAUAUCUGGGAAAGUAAUGGUAAAGAAGUAAAAGACUGAAAAUAUGUUAUAUGGGGACUGACGCAAAUGGUCUUAUUGGUGAAUUGAAGACAUAAAAAUAUUGUAAACUGAAAACAAUCAUAUUUGAGGGAAUUUUAUUCCAUUUCUUUCUCCUAUCCCUUCGUUUGCCAUAUUGUUCUCUUUCUAUUGAACAUAUAUUCAAAGUGCCUGUCAGAUUACCUAUUAGUCAGCUCACACCAAAACUGGACUCCAUAUAAAAACACACACAAACAAACCCAGCAGGCCUUUUUUUAAUGGGUAAGAUUGUUUUUAUGCACAUAAUUGUGAUCAGGCUGUACUAAAGCUACAAUGAAGUACUGUACCACAGUGGACAAGAUGACAAGGUAUAGUAGGAUAUAGUAUAUACACUAUAUUAACUUUUUUUAUACCAAGGGUUAUUGUAUUUCUGGAAAGUAAAUUAUUUUUGUUUUGUUUAUUUUAUAUGAAUGUUUUGCUGGUAUAUUACUCUGUUGUUUCUAUUGUUUCUAUUUAGUUGUCAUGGUGCUAUUUAGUGUAAAGUCUGCUGUGGGCUCACCAUCUAUUUGAAUAUGUCUUUCCUACUGUUUGUGUAUGAGCUGCAGUCGAGCGUUUCUCCAUCUCGGCACACCAUUUAAUGACUCAGCAGUUUAAAAUAGGGCAUUACAGUAACAGCGCAUGCAUUUAAAUAACACAGUGAGGAAAACCCACAGUCUAAAUGAUGCUGUCUGUCUCCAUUCCAGCCCUCACUGCUGGUAGAAAACCAAGCGUCUGAAACCAGUCACUGCUUCAAAAGCAAACAACCCCUUAAGUCAUAUAACCUGAUCAAAGUGUUCACAAGUGUCCCAAAAAGCACAGCUAAUGCGAUUGAGUACACAUCCAUUCCACAAGUAAAAACUACAACUGGUAUAGUCACUAAAGAGAAUUAACUUAAUGCUAAUGAAUAUUAUGUUUUAAAAACAGUAGAAAAGGGGGAAAUGCCGAAAACAGCUCGCUUAGCGACAAGCUAACAGGUUCAUGGCAAAGCAGCUACAGUGACCUGCAUGUCAGAACUAGUUUACAUGGAAAAAUAAAACACAGGAGGAGAAGGACAUACUCCACUGAAAAUGCAUAGUUUGUAGUAUCCAGAAAGGUUCCUCUCAAAGGUUUGUAGUCUACACAGUUGUCUCUGGUUAGAUUCAUAGCAAUUUCAAGCCAUUCCAUGGGGCUCUUCAUUAUGGCUGCCGAAUCUUUGCCAUAAAUGUCUGUAUACCGUAAAAAUACACAAUACACAAUACAGAGUGUAACCACAGUCCAGUAAUGACUAAGUUGUCCCACAGUCUCUCCCACCGCACACCACAAAUGGAUGUAUUUCAUAGCCUAAUAUUAGGUCUGGCACCAUUUCUUCUUUUCACUGCAAAACUAUAAUCUAUAAAACUAUAAUCUAUCAUAAUGAACCAUUAAUCCAUCACAUUUGAAAUGUAUGUAACAUGUAAAAGGGCAACUAAAUGCCAAUUGAGUCUAAACAUUUAAUAGGAUUGUUUUAAUUGGCAAACACAAACCUGAAACAAAUCUAAACAAAAUAUUAGAGAAAUGUUGGCACAAUUUACAAAAACAAUUGUCAUUUGAUCAUGUAUAAUUUCAGUACAAAUAUUUAGGUAGUGAUUUUAAUUAUCUUUUCAAAAGUUCCCUAUAUUGCCCAACUCAAUAAUAUGGGUGAAAAAAAUUCUUUAGCACAAGAAAAUUUGCCAUAUUCUGCUCUACCUCUUACACUUUUUACACCAUUACUAUCUGAGAUAUGUCAUUAAAUAACACAAAACUAAUGUAUCUUUAGCUGAACAUAUUUAAUGUCAGUAUACCAGGGCCUCAGUCCCAUUGUGAUUUAGUCUUGCUGUCACUAAGAAGGUCACUUUGUGUUGUGCUCUACAACAUAGACUUUAAAAAUAAUGGACGGAGCUUCCAGGUCUGAAAAGUGAAGCAAAAAUAGAAGUGCCUUAAACCUGCAUUCUAUCUUAUUUCCAGCCAUGGAUGUAUUAUAUUAACAAACUCAAGGUUUUAAAACGGCAGUCUACAAAGCAAUGGUUGAGGUCACUGCUGCUACAUCCAUUAUUUUUACAGUCUAUGCUCUACAAAGAUCUCUUGGUUUAAUUAAACCGCUACUUACCUUUCUGCAAAUAUUUGGCUCCAACCAAGUACAAGCUGCACAAUGACUAAUUACAUGGAGUUAAGCUUAAAUGUCUUAAUUUGUUGUUUUGCAGUAGGUGCAGACUGAUUUGUGUUUCUUCAAUGGUUGCUCUACUACAUACAUUGUGACGGACAAUACGUGUUUCAAACCAAUAAGGGAUCUUAGUUUAAGGAGUACACAGCCCUAGACAUUUUGUUUAACUUUUGUGUGACCAGACCUCCAAAUGGUUGAAACCAAGGUUAUGUUUUGGUUAAAUGUUUAGCCAACCUCCUGUCUUUUGUUUUCGGCUGAUAUUGCGAUAUAUAUAGAGUUGAGUAUAGGCAGGUAUUUUAGACACAAUAGAUGAUUCCAGUAAAUGUUCAGGUUGAGGAUGAAACUGCCACUGCUGUUUGAUGCUGGGUUCAUGUAACAUUGGAGGACACACGUUACAUGUUUUAGCUGAUUUGAACACAAACAAUUACGUAGUUUUACUUUAAAAAAUCAGAUGUGACACAUCAUAGCUGGAAAUACACCUCAAAGCUCCUACUGGUAUUUACUGCAACAUGGAUAUAUUUUCUUGCAUUUACUAUAAAGAUCUAAAACGGCGCAGUAGUAAGACUCAAAUCUCUGUCCGACUCUGAUGUCAUCUGUCAGGUUUGUCUCUGCCUCUCCAGCCUUUCCACCUGCCUGUCAGGUGUUCCAUUUGCUCCUCCCCCUCAGGUUAUAAGUACUAGACAUCUGCCGUCAAUGACAGACAUUUCUACAGGUCCCACCGCAUCACCAGCCAAUAACUGAUGAGUUUCGUACAGGUUGCAUGGCACAAACCAUGAGUCUCAUUAUUUCCUGUAUGUCUGUAAACCUGUAAGAAAAGCAACAUGAAUCUUUUUUAAUGUGUUUCCAUACCAUUCAUAUGAUUAUUACACUCUGGGCAUAUGUAAAUGAAUUCUUAGCUGUUCAUAAUGUUAGCUAAACUAUUACCUAAAGACUGCCUGUAUAUUCGCUUUAUAUACUAUUACUCUUGUCUUUUUUUAAUAAUGCUUGUUUCUUGAAUAAAAGGAGAAUGCAAUGAAAGAUAAAUAAAAUGAGUACAUGGUAAGGAAAUGUGUCCCCUUGUAUUGCAACUUGAAAACAAAUGAAAGGUUUGUACUCUCUCUGUCCUUUUGUUUCUUUGAGAAAAGCUGAAUGUCAACAGCUGAUCUGAACCAGGUCGCUGUGGAAGUAUGUAGCUCUCUCCCUUUAUAGACCACACUUGAGCAUUUCUUCUGUACAUAGGUGCAUUUUGAAGCUGAUGGGAAAAAAGCAGCAAAAGUUAAAUAAGUGAAAUAAGAAAAUUUGAUCCAAGUCGAUUUUUAAAAAGGUUGGGGAGUUUGUUUGUUUUUCCGGCCGAUGUAGCUUGUAAAACAAGAUAUUAUAACUGCCUCCUGUUUGUCAUAGAAUUCACAAAUAAAAAGUUUGUUGGAUAUUA